AAUUCGAGGAGGUUUAUGCUCUUCUUCAUUUUUGGGGGCCUUGGGCAUGGGACCAAAGACUGGACUGGAGUCGCGAGAUCGACUGCUGCUGCCAGUUCGGCUCCGUCGUCUUCUGGGGCUUCUCUGUUCUUAAUCGGACAGAGGCGUAGCUAGCGUUUUUUAUGCUAACAUACUAAAUUCGAGAGCUUGGUAAAGAAUAAGCAUUGGGCAUGGGACCAAAGACUGGACUGUAGUCGCGAGAUCGGCUGCGUCGUCUUCUCUGUUCUUAAUCGAACAGAGACGUAGCUAGCGUUUUUUAUGCUAACAUCCUACAUUCGAGAGUUUGGCAAAGAAUAAGCAGGAAUGACUACCUAAUCUGCUGUUUCGGUCAUUCUGCGUUGUUUAUAUACGAGCUUCAAAAACAGUACAUGAUGGGGUGCGAGUGUAAACAGGUCCCCCUUGAAACAAUGCCGCACGAUGCUCUUAGUUCCGCGUAGUACGUUAGACUGGAACUGACUUUAAACAGUCGCUUUAGCAAUGUCGCUGGCUUAAAAAAUAAUAAUUAUGGUCUGUAUUAAUUAUCUAAAAUAAUACCAUUGAACAUAUCUAGUUUCAAACGUUUGAACUGCAGCAAAUGUGUAGAUCUCGCUACAUGGAACUAUUUUGACACAGAAUUGUUGCGACUCCUGUUGGCCAUGCAUGAACUAGCAGUAGGUCACACCGACGGUAACAAGGAGAUAGACGUUUUGUUGUCUACAACCAUCUACCGAUACUUCGUUUGGAAAGAGAACAUCAAUCAUACGGCUAGGCGUUACAGGGAUGUCGGGCCUAAAGCUGAUCUCUGCAACUGACACCCGGUAUUCAGGAACGGUGCUGAAGUCGAUGAAUAGACAACGAAAUAACGGAUUGUUCUGUGACGUGACCAUAAUUAUACAGGACCGUAAAUUUCGAGCGCACAAAAACAUAUUGUCGGCGUCGAGUACUUAUUUCCACCAACUCUUCUCAGUGGCUGGACAGGUGAUUGAGUUGAAUUUCAUAAAGGCGGAAAUCUUUGAGGAAAUCCUGAAUUACAUUUACAGUUCCAAGAUUGUCCGCGUUCGCUCUGACAUGCUCAAGGAGCUUAUCAAUGCUGGGCAGAUGUUGGGGGUGAAGUUCAUUGCGAAUUUAGGUGUACCACUCUCACAAGUCAAGGGCCUACCUGGCCUGUCCAAAGACACGGAAAACAAUGAGGUGAGCUCUGUAGACAAGAACAGUACAGAGCCAACGAUGCCCAUUAUCACCGAGUCCUUUUCACUGUCUGCAGAGGAGUUCAACCAGACUGACCGAAGUACGGAUCAGGACUCAGACGAUGAUAUUAUGUUUGUGUCCAAAACGGACGCCAUCAAAAAAUGCAAGCCCUCUGAAAUCAUUGAUUUGGAUGCACCUGAAACAGAGGAAGCCUCUGUGACAAAGCAACCGGGAGAGGCCAGACCCCCUGCUUUGACAAAGGACCAAGAGAAAACAGUCAAAGCAGCCCCGCACCUCAACAGCUCUCCUCAGACCCUGCGAGACUACAGUCCUCUGAAAAGCCCUAUGGUGACCCCUGACACCAGUUCCAAUAUUCCAUCUUCACCUGCUGUAGCCUCGUUUUGCAGCACAUCCACAACGCCAGCUAGAAUUGGCACUUUCAUCCCCAAACUCCACAGCACCUCCCUGCCUUCAGGAACCCCAGAGAUAAUAGGGAUCCAUAAGAAGCGGGUCACACUAGCUCGAAAGGGCAACUUAAAAAUCAAGCUCUCGGAUGUGACGUCACCAGGCGGAUUCAUCAACGAGGCAGGCAUUAGCAUUCCCCAAGUGGCUGCAGCUGCAAAAAAGACAAUCACACUAGAUAAGGCCUCGGAGCUCGGCUCGCUUUCUACAGGCUGCAAGGUGUAUGCCAAUAUCGGGGAGAACACAUAUGACAUUGUCCCCAUGAAGGACGAUCCCGGGGAGGGAGAUUCUAAAAACAGUAGAGGGGCAAAGAGGUCUCUGAUGGCCACACCUCUUCAAUCUUUCAACACCUCUCAACUGCCACAGGGUUCUUCGAGCAAGAAGAAGGCCAAAACCGAGCAGGAAGAUCACUAUGAGCUCAUCAUGGACGGGAAGACCUUCUUUGUGUGCGUGGUCUGUAAGCGACCCUACGUGUGCCUGACAAGCCUCCGGCGCCACUUCAACACCCACUCUUGGGAGAAGAAGUACCCAUGCCACUACUGUGACAAGGUGUUCGCCCUGGCUGAGUACCGGACGAAACACGAGAUCCACCACACGGGUGAGAGGAGGUACCAGUGCCUGCUGUGCAACGAGAUGUUAAUCAACUACCAGCUACUGUCAACUCACUGCAAACAAGCCCACAACCAAGACCCGUCUGGGAGGAAACAGAAGGACGACACCGACAACAACUUGUACCGCCUGCUCCCUUGCAAAACGGUGCAGUUCAAGACCUACUCAUAUGAGACGGACGGUUCAGAUCCAAGAGGGGUCCCUAUUAUCCAAGACGAUGGGAGGGUCCAGCACAUUAACCCUGGAAGGGGGCAGCCCAACCCACUACCGUUAGAGUCCACCCAGGGCAAGAUGUUGAACUGGGAUGACAUAUUUGUGGCGCCUGAGGCACAGCCUCGACCAGCUGCACACGCCCACCGACCAGGGAGCCACCCCAUCCAACCUCCACCAGGCUCGUCUGAGUUUGAGUUUGUCAUACCAGAGACCUACUGAGCAGGGUGGCUCACCGAUCUGUGCCUUGUCAGUGGGGUCCCCUUUUCGAAUUCUGUUUCCUGGGUCCAUGUCAAAUGUCAUCCAUGUUGUCUUUUUCAGAUGUUCAACAGUUGUUUUGUAGGAAGUUCCUAUGUGCACUAGCUAACCCAUCUGGAGUGUAGUAUGACUUUUGUUCUUAUCAAGCUCGUCAUUGAACUGUCUAUUGUCUCAUUGUAUUUCUACUGACCCUUUUAAUGGUAAAUAUUUCCAAGAAUUUUGGAGUGCUCAUGCUGUUCAACAGAAGGACCCUCAAUCUAGUCAUAUAAAUGUAUUUAUUGUUAGUAUGUAUUUUAUUUUGUGAUUCUUUUUUUAUGUAGGCAAAGUAUGUUAUGCCUUUGAGAAUAUAAUGUACAGUUUAUUUUCAAACCCCAGAGAUUGGAUCAGGAUGCAGGAUAUUGAUGGAAUUAUUAAUUGUCCUAACUUGUCCUAACUUAAUUAAUUGAUGACAUUCAAUAAUGAUAUAGAAAUGAUGCUCUUUCUGCAAACAGGGAUUCAGAUACCAGCUCAUUGAUGGGAUACAUUGCUUAAAUAGCAUAUGUGUCGAUUUAAAAUCUGGAUUGUUCAAUUUUCUAUUGGAUUAUUUUUGUGCCACAAAUGAAAAGACAAUGUGCACAAAUUACUGGUCUUGCUGUGUUAGUAAUUAAUGGUUGAUUAUAACACUUUUGCCCAAUGUUGAAGGGAAACGCAAUUGCAAUAAUUAUUUAGUAUUUGAAUUGGUUGCACAAACCUAUAAUUUAAGAUUUAAUUAUGUCCAUUAAAUAUUGAAGUCCUUGCAAAUGGUUUGAUCAUGACUUACCUUAUAUGGUCUACUCUUUUGUUGGGACCUUUUUUUUUCUUUCAUAUGCUGGCCAUAUAUUUUGCAGUCUUUCUAAAAGUCAUGUUCUGUCAAGGAUGCCCGAAGCUGCCUGCUACUCUGUAUGUAUAAAGUUAGCCUACGUAGUGUAUCAUAGUACUCAUGUAUCUCAUUGGAAUCAUGUUCCUUUUUCUUCCCAGUCUUGUCUUGUCAGUAUGUAGUUGAAUAGACUUGGACUGUAGAGCUAACUUGACAUUUUAUACUGCUUCAGUAUGUCCUUCAAUAAGGGAACUUCCAGCUUUUAUGGUUUAAAGAAAAAUUACAAAAUUAACAGUGGUGUCUUCUACAUAAUUGUGCUAAACACCUUUUUAAUUUUAAAAUAUUCUUUGUUUAAAUAAUGUAUUUAUUAGGUCUUAGUGCUGAACAAAUGUUAAUAAAGUAAAUAAAACCAAA